GCUGAUAAAAAAUGAAAAAUCGGAAUAGCUUUGAAGAUCACAUACAUAUAGAGAUUCCCACAACAGGAAGUGAAUUGGCUAAUUGGCAUGAUGAAUUUCCAGGCGUGUCUCAAUAAGAUAACAACACUAAAGCUAUGCAGGUGCCACUUAGUCCAGUCUCAACAGGUUGCCACCAUUAUGAGUGAUGCAUUGCCUCGAAUAACAGUUCCACAUAAGAUGGUAGAAAGGUUAGAAAAGAUGAAGCAGAAGCAGCAAGAAACAAUGAAAAAGAAAUCAGUGAAAAAAGACAACCCUAUAAUAAUAUCAUGUAAAAGGAAACAGUUUAAUCACUACAAAGGACAGUUGUAUACAAACUGGUCUCCCCAGUCAUUAACGUCACAUGGCUGGAAAAAUAAACGAAACAAAGGAGACUAUUUUACCAUCAAUGCUUUUCAAUCUAACCCAGCAUUUAGGAACAAAACUGAGGAUGGCAUGACAUUCAAGAAUAUGGAGUUGGAUGAUUCUAUACAACAGGGACUGGGGGACAUGGGAUUGGAGUACCCCACUAAUAUACAAGAGAUGUCUAUACCCAAGAUCCUCAGCGGUAGUAAUGUACUCUGUGCAGCUGAAACAGGCUGUGGUAAAACUUUAGCCUACCUGGUACCAAUCGCACAUCACUUGAAGCGUUAUAUUGAUAGAUAUGGCAGACAUGGCACUCCUAACAAACCUUGUUCAGUCAUCAUUACUCCUUCAAGGGAACUCGCAGACCAGAUAUAUGAUGUUGCCUGUAGGUUGACAGCCCAUACAGGUCUACUGGUCCAUUCUGUGUGUGGGGGCAGGGGAACAAAGAAACUAAUUUAUGGCAACAAUGAGAAGUUAAUGGACAUACUAAUUGCCACUCCGGAUGUGCUUCGCAAAUUGACAGGGUCUAAGCAAUAUGACGUAUCAGGGGUGCACCAUAUAGUGCUGGAUGAGGGAGACUCCCUAUUGGAUGAUAGCUUCAUUGACGUCACACGGACACUGCUGAAUAGACUCAAGGUACAGGGGGACUCUAUCACAAACAUAGGGUCUGAGUCUGACCUUGCCUUGCCAUGUGGCCAAGUAUGUAUAGUAGGUGCCACUCUACCUCGGGCACUAAAUGACACAAUAGGAGAUGUCAUUCCUGUGGACACCCUGGAGGUAGUUAGGACAAAUAGCUUACACAGAAUCAUGCCUCACAUCUCGCAGAAAUUCAUCAGACUUGGGCCGAGUGAAAAACCAGUAUGGCUGGUGAAACAGGCAAAAUCGGCAGUAAAGAACAAGAUUCCAACUUUGAUAUUUUGUAACAAGACAGACACAUCUUACUUUGUACAUCAUAUACUAAGGGACAGUGGGAUAGAGACGAACAUUAUCAAUGGAAAAGUUCCAGAAAAGAUAAGACAGGGCAAGUUUGAAGAGUUUCAAAGAGGAGAGGGGCCAAAUAUACUUGUAUGCACAGAUAUAGCAUCAAGAGGCUUGGAUACC